CUUCACGUCACUUGUCAACACCUCGCAGAAAUAACAUGAUAACAUCGUCUCCGGCACAUCCACUCCGAGAAAACGAUCGUUAAGACCCGCCGGACUUCCGCAAAGCCUUCAUGCGGUUCCAUUUAGACUCAUGACCAUGUCCGGUCCAGCUCUGGCAAAGCCAUGGCUGGCCAGCGUCUCUCCGCGAGAGCAGCGCGCCGCCAAUUCUCCGCAACCGAUCACCACAGCCUCAAUCAAGAAUCUCACGCUUGGAACGGGCCAUAGCAUCUACGCCAACUCCAUCCUGCCCGCAAUCUCCGCGGCUCAUUCAGAAAUCAUUAUCGUGACAUGCUUCUGGGCUCGCUCGGGGACACUAGACGCACUCAAUGAAACACUACUCGCCCUCUCACGAAAAGGCCAAACACAGCAAAAGAAGAUCCGAGUCCGCAUCUGCUUCUCCUCCAGCUCUCUCUUCCAGAAACUCUUCCACACCACCUCGCUCUCAGGCCGCACGUACGCGCCUUCGGAGUGCAACCGCAAACUCGGGCUUCCGCGGCCAGAGGACCUCAAAGGCCUAGAUCUCGAGAUCAAGAGUAUUUUCGUGCUGCCGUUCAGCGUGAUGCAUCCCAAAUUCGUGAUCGUCGAUCGGGCGACGGUCUUGCUGCCGAGCUGCAACGUGAGCUGGGAAAACUGGUUCGAGGGAUGCCUGGAGUUACGGGGAGAGAUCGUCGACCAUUUUGUCAAUUUCUGGAAGGGUUUCUGGGCUAGUGAUGGCGACCGGAACCUGAAGUUCACGAGUGGACGCGCCGGCGACAGUACGGAGAGGAGACCGGUGGCUGGCGAAAUCACGUCCGUAUUCCUCCUCUCACCGCACCAUCGGAAUCCUCAGUUCGCACUUCCUUGGAACUCGUGUCCUCGUCCUCCGCAGACACCGCUCAAUACCUUCCUUCUCGCCGCAUUCGCAGAUGCCAAGAGAAGCAUCUAUAUUCAAACCCCUAACCUGACCUCUCCGCCCGUCCUGUCCGCUCUCCUGGCCGCGCUCAAGCGAGGAGUGACCGUGGCCGUCGUGACCAGCGAGCGCCUCAUGAUCCUCGAGCAGCUCCUCACCGCCGGCACGACGACCAAACGCUGCGUGAAGAAAUUGGUGAAGCGACACGCUCGAUUGAUGCAGCGACGAGAUGCCGACUCCAGUGAUGUCGAGUCUGGAUUGAUUGCGAGCCCAGGAAUGCUAUCCGUCCAGUUUUACUCGGCCGAUCCGAGGGCAGUGGACGCUGCAACAGAACCUGUGCAGUCGCAUAUCAAAGUGACCAUAACCGAUGAAGAAGUCGUGAUAUUCGGCAGCGGAAACAUGGAUCGAGCGAGCUGGUAUACGUCGCAAGAACUGGGCGUGGCCUUCUUCUCUCCAGAUCUGGCGGCAAAGAUGAGAAGCGAGUUGGACCAGCUGCUCAGCCACAGAACUCGCACGAUGUACACUCCGGCAAGACGCUGA